GCACGUGAUUGAAAAAUGUGGUUCAUUCGAUAUGCACACGUCAAGUAAAAUACCCAUAACAAACGGAACAUGCUGCAAUUGCAAUUUGAGUUUCAAAUUCGAUUUUCCAUUACAAUUCCAACUCUCACAAUGUUUCUUCUCAAGACAUGGAGACAAUCUGCUUUUGGUGUUUAUGGUUAUCUCAAUUUCACCAAACCUGCUUUUCUGGAGCAUUCUAAGAAUUUCAAACCAGAGGAAAUGGAAACACAAAUACCAGGGAAGAAUUGCUUAGUUACAGGAGCAAACUCUGGAAUUGGUUAUGCAACAGCUGAGGGUCUUGCGCAGCGGGGUGCAACCGUCUAUCUUGUAUGUCGUAAUAAGGAGAGAGGAGAGGCUGCUCUUUCUCAAAUUCAAACUAAAACUGGCAAUCAAAAUGUACAUUUGGAGAUUUGUGAUUUAUCAUCUGUCACGGAUAUCAGGUCACUUGCUUCCAGGUUUUCCAAAAAGAAUGUGCCACUACAUGUGUUGGUGAACAAUGCUGGUGUGCUUGAGCAAAAUCGAGUGACCACAUCAGAGGGGUUUGAGUUGAGCUUUGCUAUCAAUGUAUUAGGAACUUACACAAUGACUGAACUGAUGGUACCACUAUUAGAGAAAGCUUCCCCUGAUGCGCGCAUCAUUACAGUUUCGUCUGGUGGAAUGUAUAGUACUCCCUUGACCAAAGAUCUACAGUACUCUGAAAGCAACUUUAAUGGGACUGAACAGUAUGCUCGAAAUAAGCGCGUUCAGGUUGCGCUAACGGAAAAUUGGGCCGAGACAUAUAAGAACAGAGGAAUAGGAUUUUACUCAAUGCAUCCAGGCUGGGCUGACACUCCUGGUGUAGCGAAAAGCUUGCCAAGCUUCUCAAAAUCGCUUGCGGGGAAGCUUAGAACAAGCGAAGAAGGAGCAGACACAGUUAUCUGGUUGGCAUUACAACCAAAGGAGAAGUUGGUAUCAGGUGGAUUUUAUUUUGAUAGAGCUGAAGCUCCUAAGCAUCUUUCAUUUAAUGCUACAAACGGUUCUCAUGCUGCGAUCAACUCUGUCAUCGAUAGUCUUCGAUCCUUAGCAUCUCUUUCUUGAAUGGAUAGUAUACUUGUAUCCUAAACACGUUAGGGUUUUUUUCUUAAUUCGAUUUGGAUCGGUUUUAGGAUAAAAUAAAGCAUCUGAUCCAAGAUUAGAAUAGCACGGGGUGUGUGUGUUUUUAGUUUUCUUAAUUCAGUUUGUGAUUCUUAUUUGGAUCGAUUUAGAUAUGAACUUAUUCUUAAAAUGUAGUUUAUGAAUAGGCGCUUUAGUAACAGAGACUAUAUCUGUCAUAGAAAGAGGGUAGCAUUCUGGGCCACCAGAUAUAAUUCGGGUUGCAAGACCAUUAAACUAUUAAUGUUACUUUUCUACUAUAUCUUAUAUAGAUAUUAUUCUCUUUCUUUUUAA